AUGAAGUUCAUUACAGAAUGUGAAGUGAGAAUGUCAACUCCAAUGUGGAACUCAACAUAUGAUUUGCAGGUGUUAAAGAAAUUUGGAUUCAGCUGCAGAAAAGUAAAAACCUCAAGAGUCCAGGAAGUCUUUUUCACAUUACCAGAAAUGAAUUACUUGCUACUAUGUUGUGAUGGGGCAUCAAAAGGCAAUCCAGGUUCUGCUGGAUUUGGUUUUAUUGGAAGAAACAGUAAUGGAGAUUAUCUGAUAGCUAUGGCAGGUGGUUUAGGAGUGGCUACUAACUAUUAUGCAGAAGUCAUGGCCAUUUUAUGUGCAGGGGAAUGGGCUAUUCAACAUGGCUUCUUUCAACUGAUCUUCAGAACAUAUUCUCAAUCAGUAAUUGAAGCUUUUAAAUCCCAGAAAAUGCCUUGGUUUGCUAUUUCAAGGUGGAAAAUUUGUUUAAGUAUCAGAGACUGGAGAUUCAUUCACACUUAUAGAGAAGUGAAUUUCUUAGCUGAUUCACUGGCAAAAAAGGGAGCUGAUCUUCAAAGAGGUGAAAACAUCAUUUACAUUCACAGACCAGCUUUUCUAUCUCCCAUGGAAAAUGAUCAACAAACUUACUAUAGAUUUAGAUAG